CAGGGAAGUCGGUUGUGUUCGCACACACGUGCACAUCACAUGCGACACACGUGUCCAGUGCACCCAUUUCAGACUCUCAUGCCACGUCGAGCACAGCAUUGUCGAUGCCAACCACACUCCGCGAGGACUUGGCCUGGACACACACCAUCCAUCCAUCCAUCCACACACAAAACAGGUAGAGAUGGAAACAUCAUGAUCCACACUGACGAACACAUUCCUGUACAUAUCCAAGGCAGCAUCCUCUCUCACCUCAUUCGCCUUGACGAGGUUGCUCCAGAUGUAGUAGUGCAAUAUCCGCAGCCUGAACGAGACACGCACGGCGAACGCACCAACCAAAUUGCACACACACAGCCAGCCAGCCAGCCGCGUUCACACGAGGGAAGUCUUAACUUACUUGUCUGGUUCGUCGUUCCAUCCAAAGGACUCAGUGAGCUCUUGGUAUUUCUGCGCCUUGGUCUCCGUCACAUUCCUACACACACAGACAAGAGCGAGACACGUCAGCAGUUUCUUCGUCUGUGUCUUCAUUCCCUCACUUUUGCACCUCCGCCUCUCGCACUUUGACCAGAUAGUCGCCGAACGACGUCGCGUUGGCCUGGGAUGGUUGACGGAGAGCGUCCUAACAUGAGUGCUGUGUAUCUGCGUCAAGUUACCAGGACGACUUGUGCGAAUGCGGCUGCAUCGGCGCCGAUCUUCUCUAUCUCAGCUUGGAUCAGGGCCACCUGUACACAGCAACAAGAAAGCCUCGCUGGUCCAUGGACCGCCGGCUGCAGCAGCAGCCCACCCCGUCCCGCCCACCUCUCUGUUGUUGGCUUCCGUUCUCUGCGAUUGUAGCGUGAGGAUCUUAUCAAGGAUGGCAUCCUCAAACUGACAAUACAUACAUUCAUCCAUUUGCAGGCAGGCGUGUAGGUUUGUGGGUUGGGUGUGCCAUCUGUCCUCCUUGUUGGCCACUUACGGGGUCCUGCAGGUCGAUCUCUCUCAGCUGCAGCUCGUGAACGAUGAAGUAGCCCGUCCCCUCCAACUGAGACUUGAUGUUCAGCAGCAGUGUCGCUGCAUACACACCCACCCACACACAUACAUACACACACACACACACACCACGCACAUGAAAGGGGCAGGGAGGCAUGUGCGUGCACCCACCAGCAAUGGUCUCUCGUUGUUCAAAGAAGUCCAAGGCUUCGAAGAGUGUGGUGGUGUCCUUGAUGAUCCUCUGUGUCCACCCCACCACCCAGUUCAGCCAGUGCUCGCCCCACUGCAGGUACAGACGCGGCAACUCCUCCCGACGCAACGAUAUCUGACACCAAUACCGACCCGCACAACAACACCAGCCCGCCAUGAGCACAUCAACGAUUGUAUGCGUCCUCUUUGUGCUGGCUUUGUGUGUGUGCGGACGGAAGGACGAACAAUCGCACCUGCAGUGAGAGGUCGAGGAAGACGUUCUGCCCGUUGCCUGACCAGCAGGCCAGCUGCGGGCUGUUGCUGUCGCCAUUCUUGAACUCAAUCGUCACAUGCCCGCGGGGGUAGUGGAUGAACGACCGCCCCAGCCCCACUGCGGACACAAAAGGCAAUGUACACACAUGGCCGCGAAUGCUGCAGCCAUAGGCAGCCAUGCUCACCAAGGUAGCGGCCGCUGUCCUUGAUUCGGUCGGUGAGGAUCUUCUUGUAGGUGUUGUCGUAGACUAUCUGCAAGCCAACAGAGGGAGGGAGGGGGAUGCCAUCCUUGCUCGCCGCGGCUGACCUACCCCAUACUGUCUUGGUUCGACGACGCCCCAGCUGAUGGAGAAGAGCACAAUGGAUGUGAUGAACAGCACACAGAAACACCCACCGGACGCAGAAAGGACCCGCCAGUCCGAAAAGUCCACCAU